UUUGGGGCAACAUGCAUUUACUAAGACAUUUCGUAAUCAAAAUCAAUCCAAAUUAAUAUCAACAAAGCAAAAUUAAAAUUAAAAUAUCCAUCCAAAUUAACAAAAUCGUAACGGCCGUUUACAACAUAACCACGUUAUUUACCCGCUAAACUUCCGUCACACAUAAAACCAAAAAAAUUAAAUUGAAAAUGAAAAAUCGAAGAUGCUUCCAACUGCAUAUAAAUACAGCUCUCUCUCUCUCUCUCUCUCUCUCUCUCUCUCUCUUGCAUAGUUAUCUUUACUUCUCUCUAGCUCCUUCUAGUGAAUUUUCUCGGGAAAAAGUUCGAGAAUUUCGGAUUCUCGGAGCAGUCUGGGAAAAUAAGGCCAUAAAAAGAAGCUCGGAUGGAAAUGACGACUGAAAUUUGAAUUUCUCAUUCGAUCGUCAUUUCACCUGAAUUUCUCUUCUCCGAUUGCUAGCUUCUUUGCGAAGCUGGAUUCAGACUUGCAGGGAAGGUAAUUUCAUUUCAAGCAAUCCAAGUAGUGACAUAUACCAAAUUUUAGGUACUGCCUAAAACCCCAGGAACCAAUAGUCUGAGAAAAGAUUGCAGGCUUGAAAAGAACAAGAAGAGGAAGAUCAUUAUAUUUCCAUUAGCUUUGACUGUUGUGGGACUUGGGGUUUUGGAUUACCCCAUUUGUUAGUUUCCUGAGGGCAUAUGAGGAUCGUUUGAAGCUGUAGUCUGAUUUGAGUUACAAGGGCUUUAAAUUUAGAGGACCAACAAUGUCUAUUGCCAGUGUAGCUCUUAGUCCUGUGUAUGAAGAAUCUUUGAACUUUCCCUGUAAUUUCACCGGCCAAUAUGGUCCAUUCUCCGGUGACUCGAUUUUGAUAUACCUCAGUGUUGGUGGGUCUGUAGUUCCGAUGUGUGUAACAGAGUCGGAUUCCAUUGCUUCAGUGAAACUGAGAAUCCAGGCCUCUAAAGGUUUCUUUGUGAAGAAGCAGAAGCUAGUUUUUGAAGGAAGAGAAUUGGCUAGGAACAAUUCAUGUGUCCGGGACUAUGGGGUAACAGAUGGGAACCUAUUGCAUUUGGUACUGAGGCUUUCAGAUCUCCAAGCUAUUACUGUUAAGACUGUAUGUGGCAAGGAGUUUGAAUUCCAUGUUGAGAGGAGUAGAAAUGUAGGUUAUGUGAAGCAGCAGAUUGCUAAGAAGGGGAAAGGUUUUGUUGACCCCAAGGAUCAAGAACUGACAUGUGAUGGUGAGGAGCUCGAAGAUCAGAGACUCAUUAAUGACAUCUGCAAAAGUAAUGAUGCUAUGAUUCACUUGCUGGUUAGGAAAUCUGCUAAAGUUAGGGCUAAACCAAUAGAGAAGGAUUUUGUAGUAUCUAUUGAGGCAUUAAAUUUGAAUGGGGAGAAGACUGCUUUAGUAAGGGAUUUUACGGAAUGUCAGGUUGUAGAGAGAAGUCCAUUGCAAAGAGAAUUCCUUCUGGAACCUCUAAUUGUAAAUUCUAAGAUUGAAUUGUCAUUGGGGAUUAAAAGGCUAAUUUACUCUACUUCUGAUGGGUUAGAGGGAGGCAAUGAGCCAGUUCAGUCUUCAGAGGGAUCCGGAGGAGCUUAUUUCAUGCAAGAUUCAUCUGGUCUGAAGUAUGUUUCUGUCUUUAAGCCAAUUGAUGAGGAGCCAAUGGCAGCAAACAACCCUCGGGGGUUGCCCUUGUCACUUGAUGGUGAAGGUUUGAAGAAGGGUACACGGGUGGAAGAAGGGGCACUGAGGGAAGUUGCUGCUUACAUUUUGGAUCAUCCAAGGAGUGGGCCUCGUACAUUUUACCACGAGGAGAAGGGAUUUGCUGGAGUUCCCCCCACAGUUAUGGUCAAGUGCUUGCACAGAGGAUUUAAUCAUCCAGAAGGUUAUGAGUAUGCAUCCAAGAAUGUGAAGAUUGGGUCGCUGCAGAUGUUCAUGAAGAAUAACGGAAGUUGUGAGGAUAUGGGUCCUCGUGCUUUCCCAGUGCAUGAGGUACACAAAAUUUCUGUUUUGGACAUAAGGUUGGCAAACGCAGAUAGGCAUGCUGGAAACAUAUUGGUCAGCAGAGAGGGUGAAGAAGGGCAAAUUGUGCUUAUUCCGAUUGAUCAUGGCUACUGCUUGCCUGAAAACUUUGAAGAUUGCACAUUUGACUGGCUUUACUGGCCUCAAGCUCACCAACCUUAUUCGUCUGAUACCCUUGAGUACAUCAAAUCACUAGAUGCUGAACAAGAUAUCGAACUAUUGAAGUUUCAUGGAUGGGACUUACCACCUGAGAGUGCCCGCACCCUCCGUAUUUCCACCAUGCUUCUGAAGAAAGGUGCAGAGAGAGGACUGACUCCCUUUGCUAUUGGAAGCAUCAUGUGCAGGGAGACCUUGAAGAAGGAAUCUGUCAUCGAACAGAUCAUUCAAGAAGCACAAGAAGAGGAGCUCCCAGGAACAAGUGAAGGUGCAUUUCUCGAAUCUGUGUCAUCAAUCAUGGAUCGACGCCUUGAUGAGCUUAUAUAGUGAAUAUCAUGCAUAAUAUGCAUUAGUGCAUAUAUAUGGUACUAUAUAUGCAUGGAUGAUAGGCCUCUAGGCUCCAUCCAUCCAUCUGUAAUGGACUGCAACUUCUUUUUUACUGUAGAUAUAUGCUGGAUCGUUGCAUCUACCGCCUAAGUAACUAUGACAUCUCUUCCCGCAUUCCACUUAUGUCACUUGGAAGCAUGUUGGGUAAAAAUGAAAGGAAAAAAAAGUACUUGUGUUACUUACUGUAUGCAUAUUUCUUAAACUUGUGUAGGAGUACUUACUUGGGUUGGAGAAAUAAUAAAUGAUAUAC